AUGGCGACUCCGGACGCCGUCCACACGUGGAGCAGCCUGGAAGAGCAAGUUGAUGCGCUACUGCAUGUGACUCUGCCACUUCUAGAUGACAAACAGGAGUAUGUGACCAUUACGACCUCGCUGUUGGAAGGCAACGACUGGAGCAGCUCCGUCCGCUUGCUUGCCUUCGAACCUUUCACGGGCCGCAUCGACCACCUCCAUGCACUUCGAUUACCCACCACUACCGCAGCAUUGACGUGGCACGAAGAAUCCAGUCUUGUUAUUGCGGGUGGCGACGAUGGCGACUUGUACUUCCUCACGUUUGACUGUGCAUCCAUGAAAUGGAGCCGUGUUUUGCCGCCCAACUCAAUCGGGCAUGACGAUCUCAUCACGAGCAUCCAUGCCAACCCAUCUUCGUUCGCCAGUGCCAGUUGGGACUUGACUGUCAAGCUAUGGGACGUGGAGGGCUUGUCCCUCAUAGAGUCGCUUCAAGGACACAGCGACAAGGUGUGGGACGUCAAGUGGCGACCGCAGUCGUCGCACGCAUUGGCCUCGGCAUCCCAAGAUCGAACUGUGCUCGUAUGGGACGUCCGCGACAAGCGGCACCCGACGGCCUUCAACACACCGUUUGCAGCAUUGUCCGUGGCUUGGCAGCCCCAAAAUGACCAUGGCGUCACUGCAGGGCUCGAAGACGGCUCCAUCUACAUGUUUGACCUUCGAUCUCCCAGCACCCCCUCGUCGAUCUUGGCCAACCAACACGCCGGUUGUGUGCACGGUGUCGUGUACAAUGCCAUGGACAAGUCGCUUGCGUCAUUCAGCGACGACAUGACCGUACGAUUGUACUCGGCCAACGCCCAGAUGCCUAGGUACACGUACAACAUGCACACCGACUACGUCCGCGGGUUUGCCUGGCUCAAGACGGCGUCGUGGGUUGUCUCGAGCAGCUUUGACAAGUCGGUGCACUUUUGGCAGCCAUAG